CGGUGGGUGGGGAGACACCCCCUAGCUGUUCCUGCUCUUUAAAUUCUGGACCAGACCAACAUUCUGCCUCAAAAAAGCAGCCGCAAGACAUCAACAUGACAACUUACACAGACAAAGGUGAAAAGCACGAGCAGGGCAGGUUCAUAUGCUUUGACCAUAUCACUUUCUGGGUGGGGAAUGCCAAACAGGCAGCUUCAUAUUACUGUAAUAAACUGGGUUUCGAGCCGCUGGCGUACCGCGGACUGGAAACAGGCAGCCGCGAUGUGGUCUCCCAUGCGGUCAAGCAGGGAAAGAUUAUUUAUGUCUUUUCCUCUGCCCUGAAUCCUGGUAACAAAGAGAUGGGGGAACACCUGGUGAAACAUGGAGAUGGGGUCAAAGAUGUUGCCUUCACUGUACAGGACUGUGAUUUCCUGGUGCAGAAAGCCAGGGAACGAGGUGCUGUCAUCGUCAAGGAACCUCGUGUCCUAGAGGACAAGUUUGGCAAGGUGAAACUGGCGGUGCUGCAGACAUAUGGGGACACUACCCACACGCUGGUGGAGAGGGAGGGCUAUACUGGACUUUUUCUACCUGGGUUCCACACUCCUCUGUUUCGUGAUCCUCUUUUGGAUCAGCUGCCGAAUAGCAAGCUGGAGUUCAUCGACCAUGUGGUGGGAAACCAGCCGGAUGAUGAGAUGGUGCCAGUGGUGGAAUGGUACCGGAGGAACAUGCUGUUCCACAGGUUCUGGUCUGUGGAUGAUAAGCAGCUGCAGACUGAAUUCAGCGCUUUGCGCUCCAUAGUGGUGGCCAACUAUGAGGAGACAGUGAAGAUGCCCAUUAAUGAGCCAGCCAUGGGAAAACGCAAAUCCCAGAUCCAGGAGUAUGUGGAGUACUAUGGUGGUGCAGGGGUCCAGCACAUUGCCAUGAACACCCCCAACAUCAUAGAAUCUAUCCGAAAUCUGAAGCAGCGUGGCAUGGAGUUCAUGACUGUACCUGAUACCUACUAUCAGCAGCUCCGGGAGAAACUGAAGCAUUCAAAGGUCAAAAUCUCUGAGGACCUCAAUAUCCUGGAGGAGCUGAAGAUUUUGGUGGAUUAUGAUGAUAACGGCUACCUCCUCCAAAUCUUCACCAAACCUAUCCAGGACAGGCCCACCGUGUUCCUGGAAGUUAUUCAGAGACACAACCACCAGGGAUUUGGUGCGGGGAAUUUCAAGUCCUUGUUUGAGGCGAUUGAGGCGGAUCAGGACGCCAGAGGGAACCUUACUCUCCUGACUCCUAAUGGAACCACUGAGGAAAUCUGAAUCACAGUUUACAUUUAGAAAAAAGAAGGGAAAAUCAAUCCACUAUUUCUUUUUUUUUUUUGCAGAUCUAAACAGUUGAGUUUUACAGAUGUUAACCAGUUUAUUCCAGUACUCUGCAUUGUGUCCAUGUUUCUGUUGUGUUGACUGUCACGUGGUGCAUCUUUUCAGAAAGUAAUGACCAUAAAUCUGUCUCAGACUCAAA